ACCAUUUAUUUAUUUGUAAUGUUGGUGAACAAUCAUUUCAUUAUUUUUACCCCCAGCCAGUCCUUGCAGUGGUGUUGCCUCACAAUAAAAGUAUAUAUUGUGAGAGCUUAGUAAUUCGCCACCAUGGGUAUUUAUCAAUCAAAAGGAAAGAUCCCUGAGGAAGUUUACAGAUUUUGGUCAGCUGUGGCAUCAUCCAUACGUCUGGGGUGGUUGGGGACUGAUGAUAUGGCAACGGAGAUGAAGGUGUGCCAGCUUGCCAUUUUCCCCAUGCUGUUGAAUGCCUCUGCUUUGCAAGGAGACAUUGUUGGUCUUGAGGGACACUUACAGCAGGGAGCUGAUGUGUCUGUGUCAGACAGACAUGGGAGGACACCUCUCCACCUGGCUGCUGGUGAGGGGGAUGUCGAGACUGUCCGAUUCCUGCUGAAGAAGGGAGCGGACGUCAACGUAAGGGAUUGUGCGAGAGAAACUGCUCUCCGAGAUGGCAUUCGCUGCAAGAGCAUAGAGGUGGUGUCCCAACUGAUGAGUGAGGGGGCUCACCUGGAGACAUCCUCUCUGGAACUGGGGGUUGAGAUGUGUUGCCUUGCGUUCAUGGGAGACUCCAAGCAGAUGGAGGUGUGGAAGCAGGCAGGUGUUAGCUUCAACUUUGCUGACGCCGAUGGCAGAACUCCCCUGCAUGUGGCUGUCUGCACUAACCAGCCAGACAUGGUCAGGUUCUGCAUCAGGAACGGCUCCAGUCUUGAGCAGCGCGACCGCUUCAAUAACCAGCCAGUGGAUGAUGCCCGGCGUCUGGGCCUGCAAACCCUGGUGGAGAUGCUGAGCAAUGAGGCCCAGAAGGAAGCCUCCGACCUCGUGGCCGAGAAAACAAAGAUCAAUAUGGAGGAGCAGAUGGCCAGAGGUCUGGUAGAACUCUCCCUGGUCCCAUAACAUGGACACGAUUAGCCCCAUUACCCUUAUCUAGUACAUAAUUAGCGAGUUUUGUUCACUCUUUUUCAUUUUACAACUCAUUUGUCUCCCUCUACUGAAAUACUAAAUGUCAAAAUUGAUAAAUGUGGAGAAAUAUAUUUAGCAGUUUGCUAUUCUUUUAUUUUCUUAGCUCAUUUGCCAAUGUUAAUUGUAUUUUUAUGUUGUUAAUGGUUGUGAAUGUCAUGACUGAGAUCAUCAGUAUUUGGAUUAACAUGUCCGUUUACUUUUGUUUACAGUAAAAAGCACAACAAAUAUUUCCGCUAAGAGUUAUGCCGCGUUCACGUGCUAGUCGGAACUAUGAAUCUCAUAGUUGCUAACUGGUUGAACACGGAACAAGUAUAACUACAACCAGUUAGCAAGUCGGAAAUGUCAGUUUCCUAGUUCCAAUUAGCAUGUGAACGCGGCAUUAGACCUUCUGUCACAGUAUCAAAUGUUGCACUUGUGGAAUUACAAAUACACACCGCUAGAGGGCAGGCUUCAGUUUCAGUUUAAUCCGUCUAUUGUCCAUUCCCUUGCAGAGAAGUUGACACACCCAAUGGGUUGCAAAAUUCUGUGAACUUUCAAUAAAUUCCCUGGUUUCCCAGAAAUCCUGGUUGAAGGA